AUGGCCACUGUUGCGGCGGUGAUGGAAUGGGUUGUUCGAGUCGAAAAUGGGGGCCUUCUGAACGCACUCUUUGUGAACUCGCCGACAAAUUCCCAGGAUCCACAGUUUACUUUAGCUGAAGGUGGUGGACCCAACGCUUUAGACUUUUUAAUCAAUAUGCUCAGAUCGGAGCCCCUGUCACUACCUAUUCUAGAGGCCAUGCCUGAGUCCCAUGGUGGCGGGGUAGCAGGGGUUAACAACGCCAAUGCUCAUCCAAAUCGUGAACCGGAGAUACUUUGGAUUACUACAGGUCUUCUGGGAACUAUUGUUAUUCUCAUCAUUGUCUUGCAGAUCAUCAAUUGCUGUUGUUGUUGCUGUGGACGAAGGAAUCGCCACCUAAAUCGUGUGCAAAUGGUGGCGGUUGACACGGAUUUUGAGCACAAGAACUUGGUGUGUCGCAUCAUCUAUAUCACUUUGUUAGUGAUUGCAUUGCUCUUUGUAACAGCAUCUGUGAUACUCCUCGCGAUCUACUCCAGCAGCACAGGUUUGAUUGUCUCUUAUCUUGAGGCACAUCCACAAACGUCAACACCAAAUCCCACCCCUUUGCCUGAUGGACUGCAGGCAACAGUGAAACACUUAUCCAUCUUUAUCGAGAGUGGGAUCAAAUCGGGUCAAAAACUCACUAACAAAUCACUCGAUAGCUUUGUUCGACAGACAAAUAAGAACAUAUCAUUGGGUCUCCAUGGAGUCAUUUCCAACCUACUAGACUAUCUGAAGGCUUCAGGUGUCGUCGAGAAGGGCAAGUCGAAUCUAGACGCUAUCAAAAACUGCAGUGCCAAUGCCGAUUCUUCAAGCUCGAUGAUGAAAAACUUCCAAACACAUAUCACUGAUGUUAAAAAUCGAGUUGCUAAAACAAAAAGCAUGUACCAAAAGGAAUUUGAUAAAAUUAAACUCUGUGAUGGAACUUGUGAAGACUUGAAAAAAAGAGUAGAGCAGCUACAAAGUCCUUUUGACCCAGAAAAAUUAACUGAUGGCGUUUUGGACACAUUAGCCAGGGAGCUAGAUACCAUUCACAAUGAUUUGGCUAAACAGCAAGAAAAACUUCAAACUGCAAUCAAUGAUACCCAAGGCUCAGCAGAUCAAAUCAUGGCCUCACUGGAAAAAGAACUUAACUUACAGCAAAUUUUGAGCACCGUCGAUGAAUUGUGGCCACGAGCCGAGACACAGUCACAAGAGCUAGUGCAGAACAUACGAAAUGCCAUUGAGCCUAUAACAACACAAGUUUCACAGGGCGCUGAAUUAGCUCGCAUUACCCUCUAUUCUAUCGGUGGAUUUUUCAUAUUCAUGGUGCUUAUCGCAAUCCUCAUUUCCGUUCGUCUUCUUUACAGAGGUGUGAGAGAUCGGCUCUACGGCGAUCCAGAUGAUGUUUCAGUUGUGUUUUUCGUGCCAGUAUUGCUUAUCUUCGGCAUCCUGGUGGGCGCUCUGCUCUUCCUGCUGACCACAAUAUCAGGUGAGGGAUGCAUAUAUCUGUCUCGGGAAAGUGCUGUGAACAAAACAGAUUUCGUAAUGAACAGCCUCGUGGCUGAGCAGUGGGGCUCGAUCCUGGGUGAUACCGGUGGGAAUGGGGACAGUUUGCUGAAUGCUUCUCCACCACGAAACGUGCUUACUGCCCUGAUGAAGACCUGUGAUUACGCAGAGGACCAGGCGAUUGUAGGCCUUCUUUCUGCCAUGAAGUACGAGAAUCUGGUGGAUGUGCAAAAGCUCGUGAAUAGCCAGAAGGUGCAGGAUGGAAUUAGCAGUGGAAGGGUAUUUUUUCUCCAGAAUGCAAAACUUCGAGAAUUUAUUCAAUACCGGCAUUGCCAAACUAACCAAAGAAUUGCAAAAUGUGACGACUUCCAUGUUGGAGCAAGGCCUCAAAUAGAGCACCUUCAUGCAGGUAUCAACGUAGUGAAUGACGAUAAGAAAGAAUUUCGAUCCCCAUUCAACGGUUUAAUAGAGGCGCUAAAGGCAACUACUUCUCAAGCGUCAAAUGAGAGUGCACUGGAAUCGGAGGUGGGAAGUCAGUACGACAGAGUGGUUAUGGAGUUGACGAGUUUCAUGGAGAAGGAUGGCAGUGAGUUGUUUGCACAGUUGACACAAGAACUGCUGCCCUGUCGUGAGGCACACGAGGCGUACAGUGCGGUGACGGGAGCCACAUGUGGAGGAGUGAAUCUUCUCCUCGGUUUCGUCUAUGUCCUCGCACUCAACGUCCUCUUCUUGGUCUUCCUUUACUUCGCUCUCUUCAACCUCGCCUUCUUCCAGGGAGUUCUAAUUGACAUGUCAGCCGAGGAGGAGGAGGAGGAGGACAGCAGCAGUGAUGACGAUGAUGAGAGUGAGGAGUCCGAUGAGUCGACCAGCUCCAGUAGUGUCAGUGUGAGCAGUGAAUCAGCCACAAGCGAUGAGGAGGACGAUAGGAGAAUUGCUUCAGUGAUGGGACUUCAGUUCUCGUUGAUCGCCACAGUGGCGGCUGUAAUGACAUGGGUUAUUCGAACGGAGAACGGAGGUCUUCUCAAUGUGCUCUUCCGUAUCGUCGCCACCCCCUUGGGACAAGAUCCGCAGUUCAGUUUGAUCUCCAAAUUGGAUGAACCGGUUGUUGGCUACUUCAAGAACAUGCUUUUAUUCAAACCCGUGCCACUGCCCAUUCUCCAAGCUAUGCCGGAGUCCUUGGGUGGAGGUCAGGCAGGCGUUGACAGUGCCCACGCGAACCCAAAUCGUGGACCGAAUAUCUUCUGGAUCACAGUGGCCACCUUUCUGCUCGCCAUCGUGCUCAUUGUCUUAAUACAGGUUAUCAACUCCUGCUGCUGCUGUUACAAGAAGAAAGAUCACCAUGGUUCGAUGAAUGCCCUACAAAUGGCAGCACUGCGGUCCGACUUCCGCAACAAGCAGCUCAUCUUCCGUAUCGUCUACACAGUGCUACUAAUACUCGCGUUGGUCUUCUUGGCAGUCUCCAUCAUCCUACUGAUUGUGUACUUCAGCAGUGCUGGACUGGUUGUCUCCUAUCUCGAGACGAAUCCACAGCCACCGACGAAUCACACGCCUAUCUCCCUACCUGAUGGACUACGUGCCACGAUAUCGCAUGCGUCUUCUUUCGUCAGCAACGGGAUUGCCAACGGUCGUACGCUCACCAAGAGGGUGCUCAAUGAAUUCAUCCAGCAGACUGACGACAAAAUCUACGCGGAAGUCUUGGAUACAAUCGAAAGGUUGCUGGGAUACUUGGGAGUGCGAAAUGCACUGAAAAAGGGCGAGAAGACUGUGGAAGCUAUGAAGACUUUUUCUUCCUAUGUGAACAGUGUCUACGGAGAUAUUGCUUCUCUCCACAAUGCAACCGUAUCUCUUGACAAGGAACUGACAGAUGUUCGCGUUUCAUAUGCUGAAGCAUUUGGCAAAGUCAGUAACUGUAAUGCAUGGGAAGAGUGCCAGAAGUUAAAUGCAACCGUCGCAAAAUUUAAAAGUCCAGUGUCUUUAAACGCAGUUAAUACUACUGUAAUAAAAACAUUCGGUGAGGGAUUGAAUCGGACCAUUGGGAACUUAUCAAGACCACUAGAAGAAGUUCGAGAAACCAUCACCAAGCUUCAAAACUCAACAAAGGAAAUUCUGGAUACCCUAAAAACUCAGCUCAAUUUAGCUCAAAUAUUGGACCAGAUUGAGCCAUUUUGGAAUGAUGCCCAGUCUCAAUCAGAAAAAUUGCUGAAAGAACUCAACGACAUGAUCCGCUCAGUGGAGACACAGGUUCCCAAAUACGUGAAAUACAUUCGAAUUGGCUUCUAUGUUGUGGGUGGCGUGUUUGCAGCCAUGAUGGUAAUCGCAACGCUGAUUGCCACGCGCCUUGUUUACCGAGCUGUUCGCGACCGUCUCUUCGCUGAUCCCAACACCGUUUCCAUUGGUUCAACAAAUAGCAAGUGGGACAACGUUGUGUGUAGCAAAUCGUCGGUGUGCUGCUGCUCAGUACUGUUCAUUCCAAUACUGCUCAUGUUUGCUGCCAUCAUUGCCGUUCUCCUCUUCGCGUUGACCACAAUAUCCAGUGAGGGAUGCAUGUACGUGGUGCGAGAAAGUGCUGUCAACAAAUCGGAUUUCGUUGUCAACAGUCUCGUGGCUGAACAAUGGAAAUCACUCAUUGGUGAUGCUGUCGGUGGAACUGCUGAUUUCCUGAACACCUCACCUCCAAGGAACAUACUUCUUGCCCUGACGCGGACCUGCAACAGGGAAUCAAGUGAGCAUGUAGUCGGUCUCCUCUCCGCAGUGGGUUACCAGAGCUUAAUCAGUGUAUCCAAACUUGUCAACAGACCGGAAGUGAUACAAGGCAUUCAACAAGGAAGAGAAGCUGUUCUCAAACAAAUUGGAAGUCUUAACAUUUCUGGAAAUCUACCUAGUGAGGCAGAGAUAGAAGAAAUACAAAAAAAAUUAAAUGAAACAAUCACCAAUCUCACGUUGAACGAGUUAAUAAAUACCACAAAUCCGGACUACAUGAACACUUCAUCAUUCGAGAUACUUCUUAAAAAAAUGGAACAAUUUGCUGCACUUAGCAACAUUACAAAUGCCACUUUCGAGAAGCCAAAUGCAGCUCUUUCAAGGGCUAUUGAGACAAUGGUUGGGAUCAAGUCACAAAUGGCGAAUACGCGUAAAUCUCUCCAAACUUUGAAUGCACAAAAGCCGAAUAUUUUGGGUCCUUUGCAUGAAGCAAUAAAUUCUCUCAAAUUAUCUCGUGAUGCAGCAGAAAGUGCCAAAUUGACAAAAGAAGUGGGGGUGCAGUAUGACAGACUGGCUAAAAAUCUGGCGGAUUACAUGAAAGUGGAUGGAGGAAGGCGAUUUGAGGGACUAACUGCCAGUCUGUUUCCCUGUGCAGAGGCGCACGCGGCGUACAGUGCGGCAAUGGGAGUGACAUGUGGGGAGGCGGGUGGAGUGAGUCUCCUCCUGGGUCUUUCCUACGUCCUCGCACUCAACGUCCUCUUCCUCACUUUCCUCUACUUUGCCCUCUUCAAUCUCGCCUUCUUCCAGGCGCUUCAGGUUCACAUGCUCAGUGACAUUAGUGGAGAAGAGUGA